AUGGUAGUUGUGUUAUGUGAAUUGGUUAACAAUGAGUUAGAAUCUACUGACGUCAAACCGGCAUCUGCAAAAACCAUCACCCUCCAUUCGAACGGCUCCGCCACAGUUCCAACAGCGACCACCCCUGACACAAGUAAGGAAGACUCGAAACAAUCGACCGUAGAUAACAGCGUCAGUGCCGCCGACGAGCAGUCCGCCGACCAAACAGACCAGGAAGACCAAAAGGAAGAAGAGAAAGCGGCUACGAGAAUCCAGGCCGCGUUCCGAGGACACCAGUCGAGAAAAAGCAUGAAACAACCGGCGGGCAAAGUGGAAUCGGCCGAGGCCAACAACACAAACUCAAACGAGCCCACUAGGGAAGAGCUGGAAGCGGAAUUUCGGUUGGACGAUGCUGGUAAGUGGAAACUUUAA